GCGCGUGAUCCCUUCUACCGCCUUUCCCACUUCCAUUGGCUGGAAUUGACAAGAAGCAAAGACACCCAGUGGCCAACAAUGCAAGCGGAGGAGGUCGGGCCCCUUCUGGAGAGUUUGUUCUUGCUGCUCGCCCGCCAUGGCAGCCUUCAAAUUUUGACCAUCGAUGAUAUAGAGGUCGUCUUGGACCUGAAAACAGACCUCUCUAGUGCCAUCUCUAUGGUGGGAACUCUCAAAGACAUUCAUCUGGCCCUUAUAGCAUCACGGGGGGCGAACAUGCUCAUGAUGUCGCGGUCGACCCUCGGUGAUGCCGACCUCUCCAUGGACGGCCUCUACGAGGACGAUGAAGACUCCGAGGAUGAGGAAGAUAGCGAGCCAUUCCGCCUCGAUGACAUGACGCUGAGCCACAUCCUCCACGGCUCUCAGCACUCGCUCCAUUCGCUGACGGUGUCCGGCAGCGGACUCAGAGGGGCGCAUGUCGGCCCGCGUUAUCCACGUAUGGCUAACCUGGCCCAUCUGUUUCCCGACACGCUUCGCACACGCAACUACGUCCACGCAUUCCCCAACCUACGGAUCCUCAAGUGACGACUUGUCUUCCCCAGACGACUUGGAUGAGCUUCGAAGCAAGAACGAGCGCGAGCAGGCGCAGUACGGGGCUUGGUCUUCCCUCUGGAAAUUCGAUGGCUCGAUUCCGACGCUCUUCCUCCUCGCGCCUCCGUGUCAUAUCCAUGCGCUCGAGAUCACUGACGACUACGACCUGCGCGAGGUUCCCUCCAAGGCAUUGGACAUGCUGCUCUCGUGCGUCGACGUCGCCCACCCGCGGCACAUCUCCCUCACCUCCUACAACGGACGCUGGCUGUUCGACCCCGCCUUCCUGUCCGCCUGGACCCGCCCCGCCCUGCAGUCUCUCGUCCACCUCCAGCUCGUGUUCCCGCUCCAUCCGAACUACGGCGACGACCAGGAACCCGGACCGGAGGUCGACCUCGCGCGCGGUUUGGACAAUCUCGUGGCUCAUGUCGUGUCGGCGGUGUACUCGCUGCGCUCGUUCAGCCUGUCUCUGGAUGCCGCGCCUGCGGGGAGCGGGGACCCGUCCCCGGUUGCUGUGCGCCCGCUCGGUGCGCUCGAAUGGACGCUGGAGGAGUGGGACAUGGACAGGUUUGCAACCCGUGUGCGCGCGGCUGGCGCGUCCGGGCCUCUGAAGUCUGUCGCGGUCCGCAUCUGUGGACAUCGGACGCGAGCUGAGCAGACUGUGCAGCUCGGCCCCGUGUAUAAGCUCGGAGAAAUGCCUAGUGCUGAAGAAGGCUUUGCAGUCGGUGCGCAGGGGUGGUAGUAGUUGUACCGUCCUAACCUGGAGCUGACUGCGCCAGUGUAUUUGCUUGUCAGCCAUAGCGUAGCCGGGCCAGCAGCCAAUUCCAGCGUGUCCGCUCAACC